CGGAGCGUCUCGUCCCGGCACUUGGAACUAGCUGCGGACUGCCCACGCUUUGGCCCAUGUGCGCGGGCCGCCUGGGCAGAGUGACGGCGGCGGGCCCCAGAGGAAGGACGGCAUGCCCUUGUGGGGGGGUCCGGAGGGCUGAGCAGAGGAGUCGAGGUUGGAGCUGCGCCCUAAGGGAUGAGUAGGAUCUCUGCAGGAAUUAACCGACUUGCAGAGGGACCCUCCUGCCCAGUGCUCCGCAGGACCUGUGGGAGAUGAUCUGUUCCACUGGCAGAUGGAUGGCAGGCCACCAUCGUGGGCCCAAUGACAGUCCUUACCAAGGAGGAGUUUUCCUCCUGACCAUCCACUUUCCUACCGAUUAUCCUUUCAAGCCCCCAAAGGUUGCUUUCACAACCAAAAUUUAUCACCCUAACAUCACCAGCAACGGCAGCAUCUGCCUCGACAUCCUGCGGUCCCAGUGGUCUCCAGCACUGACGGUGUCAAAAGCUCUCUUAUCCAUCUGUUCCCUGCUCUGCGACCCCAGCCCUGACGACCCUCUGGUGCCAGAGACAGCCCACACCGACAAGGCCAACAGAGAGAAGUACAACAGACUAGCGAGAGAGUGGACACAGAAAUACGCUAUAACUCAGUGCCAGCCUGGGUGCCCAGGGCGGAGCGGGCAGGCUUCCCUCACAUCCCGCCUGCUGCAAACUACAUCCCGAGGAGUCUCAACUCAUCCCAGGAGUUCCUGGGAAUUGGAAACAGUGUCACUGGGAAGUGGAGGCCUCACCCCCCAGCUGCCACCAGUCUUCCUCGGCGGUGCCACACGCUGGCCCUCUCCCCUCACACCGAGCAGCAGCAGAACAGAAGAUACGGAAACUUUUAACAGCCUCAUGGAAUUUCUGCUGACUCCUUGCUGCGGGCCCGCCCAUCUACAGCAGGGAGCUUGGCUGAUGCACGCAUGUCUCCGGGUCUUUGAGGCUGAGGCCUCAGGCAAGACUUGAGAAGCUGGAGGCCCUCACAGCAAGAGCUAUGAGAGCAGCAAGCGUGCCUUCUCUGUGGCCUUUGUAAAUGGUUGGGGUGGCAGGAAAGAGCACUGCUCCUCCUGAAGGAGGUUUUGCCCCUCCUGUGAGCCACCUCGUACCGACUUGUGGCUGCCCCUCGUCGCCAAGCCUUACAUGACAAGCAGACCGCACUGGCCACUCCCUACCUGAGGGCCUGGGUCCCAGACCGAGGUCAGGACUGCAGCCCUCCCACCUUCCUGCCACUGACUGCUUCCUCCCUGUUUAAAUCAUAACAGGAACUCAACUAGGAAGGUUUGGGUUGGUUGGCCUGUUGGUUUUUAAUCUCUCAAGAUGUGAAGUAUUUGUUUACUGGAUUCCACUUACCAUGCAGCAUAAAUAAGUUUUCUUUUUAGGGCAGGAAAAGCAACGAUUUCAUUUCUCGAACUCUGUAGUAAUGUGGCCGUGUGCGGCUGGAGCAGAGAGAUGUAAUCCUGGUGGUUUUUAGGAAAAUGCUUUUCUUGCUGAGUGACACUUCUGUGGAGGAAGACUUUGAAUAAACACCUAUUCUUUCCUA